UUUUUUUUUUUUUUCUAUUAGUUAAGCAGUUAGUCUGGUAAAACAAACUCAUAUAGUCCCCUUAUCAAAAAUACUUCGUUAGCUUUAUUGUAAUACAACCAAUACAACCUUAAAUACAAUUAUUGGAAAUAAAAAACCAUAAAACAUUGUGAUAACAAAAAGCUAUUGGUUAAUUAAAAUUGUGUUUAUAUAGUUUAUGCCAAAGCUCAGUGAGCUUCGAAUUUCGCUACAGAAAGGUUCGCCCGGAAAAAUCAGCAAAGAAAUGUGGAUCGCUUUGCUGGGAACUUUUCUUUUGUUUACCUGGCUUUUGCUUAAACAAGUUAAUAAAACGUACUUUAUACUCUCAUUAUGUAAACGAGUGCGGACGGCAGAUGGCAGUCCAUUGGAGAGCAAAGUGUUCGUAACUCCGGGAAAAACGCGGUUUGGAAAUAAUUUCGAUAUUCUAAACUUUACGCCAGCAAGUCUUUUUACAUUUUUACGAGAGUCCGCUGCCAAAGCUAAGGGUCAAAAUUAUCUGUGGUAUUUUCUAUUUGCUACCGAGUACAAUGUGGUUCGAGCGGAAGAAGCUGAAGAGAUAUUCCAGAGCACCACGCUUUUGUCCAAGAACAUGGUUUACGACAUGAUGAAGCCAUUUUUAGGUGAUGGCCUACUGAUAAGCAAAGGUGAAUAAACUUAUUUAAAGAUAAAUUGUAUGUUAUCAAACUUUUUUUUAGACCGUAAAUGGCAUUCACGAAGAAAAACUUUGACACCUGCUUUCCACUUCAAUGUUCUUCAAUCGUUUCUUUCUAUUUUUAAGUGAGUUGUUGAUAUUAUGAUACCAUAUUUGCAAUAAGGGUUAUUUGUUUUUAGAGAAGAGUGCAAAAAAUUAAUCGAAGUUGUGGGUCAAAGUGCAGGUGACGAGCUGAACUUAAACCAGGUUAUUCCACAGUUUACGUUAAAUAAUAUAUGUGGUAAGCUGAAUUAUUUUGUUAAUUUUUAAUUUAAUUUUUAAAAAUCGUUUGCAGAAACCGCAUUAGGUGUAAAAUUGGAUGAUAUGUCUGAAGGCAAUGAAUAUAGAGAGGCCAUCCACUCCCUCGAAGACAUUUUGAUACAA